AUGGAUUCAACAAAGUGUAAUGUACAGUUUCUUGCUGCUGAGAAUUUGAUUGGUUCGCGCAAUUACUCUUCUAAUGCUGAAGCUUUGAGCUUAGCUUUAAUUUGUACUAGCUAUGUGGCUGCUCUCAUAUAUGUAGAUGAUGUGCUCUUAGUUGGCAAUGACAAAGAAAAGAUACACACCCUUAAGGCCUUCCUUGAUGAUAAAUUUGGAAUCAAAGAUUUGGGGUCCAUUAAAUUCUUUCUUGGCAUUGAGGUCACUCGAACCCCCCAUGGACUGGUUUUAAGCCAACGUAAAUAUGCACUUGACAUAUUAGCUGAGAGUGGAUUAGAAGGAUGUCGCCCAAGUGCAUUCCCCAUUGAGCAAAAUCAUAAACUACGUGCUAACUGUGAUGGGGCUCUUGUUGAUGCCUCUCGGUAUCGUCGCUUGGUUGGACGCCUAUUGUAUCUUACAGUAACAAGGCCAGACAUCACUUAUGCAGUUAAUAUUCUUAGCCAGUUUGUUAGCACCCCACGGCAAGAGCACAUGGAUGCUGCUUAUCGGCUGCUACGUUAUCUAAAAAAUGCUCCGGGUCAAGGAAUCUUGCUAUCUAACUCAGCCGGAUAG